CUGUCUGGGAAUCCCUGGCCAAACAUUAAUCUGGGCAGGGGGGGAAAGGGGGGCGGUCCUAAGCUGCUUUCCCCCAGCCAAGACUGGCAAAAUCAAAUCCAGAACCAGGGCUGUUGCCGGACAGGCGGGAACCAUCCUGGCCCACUUGCUCCAAACCCAGAGACUUGGGAGCCCACACGUUCCAGGGGCCGUUGCUGCGCGCUGCCUCUGAGGCUCCCUGACGCCGGUACCGGCGGCAGCUCAGCCUGAGGGUGGGGCUUUCCCACUUUUCAGGGUACCCUUAGCGCUGUGUCAGCAUGCUGCGCCGAGUACGGGGCUUCCUGUUGCCCACCGUGGCUGGCCAGGAGGAGGAACCCGACCGCCUUUUUGAAGAGCUCUUCCACAAACUGAACCAUCACGGGGACGGGAUGGUGGACAUCAGAGAACUGCAAAAAGAACUGGAAGCUAUGGGCAUCCCUGUGGGCCAGGACGAGGAGGCUCAGAGUUUAGAAACAAAGAAUGUGAAGAUAAUAAGCCCUUUAAUGGAGAUGGUCAAAGAAGGUGGAGUCAUUUCUUUGUGGAGAGGAAAUGGUGUUAAUGUUCUCAAGAUUGCUCCUGAAACAGCUGUUAAGGUCUGGUCAUAUGAACAGGCAUAAUGGGAGUCCCACAGCUAAUAUGAUUGGUGUCUUUAAUCAAAUUUAUAAAAGCAGUGGAGUGAUAAUAUUUUUCAGAGGCAUGACUCCAAAUUUCUUAAAGCUGCUUCCUUCAGUAUGCAUAAACUGUAUGGUUUAUGAAACAAUAAAACCACUCUUGAAAAUAGAGUAGAAAUGAAAUCAUGAACUGCCACUUUAUGUACAUUUAUUUAUAAGCAUGGAAAUGU